GUUUGAAACAAAUACUUCAAAACCACGUUUUGUCUCUCUUCGGACCUCCAUCUUCCAUGGCAACUCAGAAUAAAACCCUGAAUCUUACUUCAACCAAAAAGGUUCAUAUUAAGUUUCUCUACAGUUAUGGCGGUGAAAUCCGUAUUCGUCCUACCGAUGGUCUUCUCCGUUACGUUGGUGGCUUCACUCGCGUCCUCUCUGUUUUUCGCUCAAUCACUUUCUCAGAAUUAAUGGCGAAACUGGAGAAUCUGUGUGGUUUUUCGGUGUAUCUUCGGUGUCAAUUACCAAGCGAAGAUCUCGAUGUUCUAGUAUCAAUCAAAUCUAACGACGAUCUCUAUUAUAUAAUCGAAGAAUACGAUAAAGCGUCGUUCAUUUAUGGUAAAGAGGUGAAGAUUAGAGCAAUUCUCUCGCCGAAAUCAUCACCACCUACAACAUCUUCAUCGUCGUCUUCUGGUGCCUAUCUCUCUCCGAUAAACAGCGAGCGACGAAAAUUCGUCAACCAGAAAACACCAAUACCAGUGGUUCGGUUUGCUCCUCCGGCUAGACAUUGUCAUAACGGUAUCGUUCGAGAUUGUUGCCAUUAUCAAGCCAACUCACGACGUUAAUACUUUCUUCAACAUUCAAAUCUCUUGCAUUAAAAUUGCUUUUUUACAAAAAAAAAAAAAUACAUACGAUUUUAUGUAUCUAAACGUACAAUAUAAAUACAUUAGCAAACGAAUUGGCCUCACGUAUAGUUUCUUAUUAGUCCGUUUGUUCGGCCAGUGAUUUCUCUGCACUCCAAUAUAAUUUUACCCAUUAGGGUUUCGUCAAUUGUUGCAGUCUCUUACAAUGA